AUGAAAAUAAAACAGCAGGAACUUUUCAAACAAUUAAAACCAUCUGACAAAAUGAACCAAACACUUAAUGAUGCAGAAAUGAAGACCCGGGUUAAAGAUCAAGAAAACCUAGAACGAGUUUCUAAUAAAGUCAUUGUAAUUCAGGAGAUUCUCCAGGUACGGAUACUCUGAAACCCAUUCCAUUUCUUCACAUUCUCCCUUCAGAUAUGAAGACCUUUUUAGCUUAAUUAUUGUACUGAAAAUUAGAGGUUUUCUUAAAUGUAUUAUUAUUAGAAGUUUAAAGCAGAAUUAGACAGACUUCGAAAUCGAGAUUUUUAUCAAUUUUUUUUUUAAUCAAAAUCGAGACUACAUCUCCCAUAAUGCUCUUGCACCCACAAUGCUGACAAAGCAUUAAGGGGGAUGUAGUCCACACAUCUGGAGCCAAACACCAAAACACAAUUCAAAACUGAUGUUUCCAUAAAGCCAGUUAGGCAGAGUCUUUUAGGCCUCACAAUAUUAUAUUUAUGGGAUCUGAAGUACUAUCACAGUCAUCCUUAUGUACAAAUUCAGAUUGGAAUUCAAUUGGUUCAAAUAUAAAAAUGUGUUUGGACAGAAACAAGCUCUUGCUGCUAUACACACAAAAAAAAUUUGAAACUUUCAAAUGAAUUGGGUAUUUCCUCUGGUGACUAUGUCCAUUACCAACCGUUAACUAACUUAAGAUCAGAAAGUUGGUUUACACUUUAAGGAUGUGUCUAGCAUUGAUCAUUUUAUUAAAAUUAUGUCAGAUGAGAUUGAAUAUCUCGGUCCACAGAUAAUCUUACUUUUAUGGAACAAAAAGUCCUACGUGUGUUUUUCUGACCCGAAUUUGAUCUGAUAAGGACAGAAAUAUUGUCCUGUCAGAUUGGACCAUCUUAAUAAUUCUACCUCUUAUGAACCUUUAUCAGGAGAUCCACCUGUAUCUUUUCUUUAGAACUUAAGUCUAUCCUAACUCCAGCAGUAGAAAGUGGCAUAAUUACAAGAGAGGAAUACACAUUUAUUUUACUGCAUUUAACUCUUAACCACUUUCUACUGCUUACCUAAAAUAUUCAAAAACCUAACAGACCCUCCAGGCAGACCAAUUGUCUCUGGCAAUGGCUUAAUCACAGAAAUGACCAGCCAGAACCUUGGGAAAACUGUUACAUCUAUUUGUGAUGAAUCUCAACUCCUACCUUCAGGACACUAGGCAGACUCUGUUCGUGUUGGAUAAUGUUGUGCCCCCUUAUUGCCAUUUGGCAAGUUUAGAAGUGGUAUCUUUCUUACAACCUUCCACAUGACAAGGGAUUACAAGCCACCAUCUAUUUUUAUUUAUUUUUAUUUUUUUAAGCAAAUCUACACCAACCCAAAGGAAAUUUAUUAACACAUUUAUUUUUCAAUGGCAGGUACUUUUUUGCAUUUAAAGCGGCACUAUCAUUACCUUUCCCUAAUCGCUUCCUCUUCUCUCUCUCUCUCAUGAUCUGUUCUUCUUUUCUUACUAUCUGCUCUGGUUUUCUUUAACACAUAAGACAAAGUAGUAACUAAGUAUUUUUUUCUACACUUGACUCGGUCUAACCCACUUCCUACAAUACUCACCCUUUCCUCAGUGAUCUCCCGAUGCCUCAUUUCACUAUUCCUGAACAUCCUGUCAUUUAGACAGGACGCCAGCGAAACUACUGAAUUUCAUCCUAACAGAAUGAGAACAGUUUGUUCAUUAACUAUUCUUAUUAGUGACAUUAAUAUAGCGCCAGUUCGGUUCGAAAUUUCAGUUGAAUUAAUGAAAUUCCGAUCCGAUCCAUGCCCACAGUAUUAGGGAACUAUCUGCCAAAAGGCUGAAAGUGCAAUGUUUCGAUCCCACAAGGGGUCUGUCUCAAGCUUGAAAAAGAUCCCUUGUGGGAUUGAAACAUUGCACUUUGUUCCAAUAAACCUGCUGAAUUAAUCCUUGAGUGCCUGGACUACAAUUUUUGUUCAACCAAUUUAAAUGUGUCGACUAGAGUGUCCAAUUAAAAAACAAAACAACAAUGGAGGAACUAAGGUCGAUAGAGGAACUGACCAUGAUGGCCAACACUACACCCACUACCUACAUGAGCAUCUGGACGCACUGGAUUCUAGAGAUGGCAAAAGAAGAGUUCCAAUUAGAACUCAGACCUAACACUAACGGACACCACGACACAGACAGAUAG